UUUUCUUCCUUUAGAGCCCGUUCGGGAUUCAAAUGUAGGAGGCGGGGAGGAUUAGGAUCGGGUUUGCUUUUUUUUUUCCUUGUGUUGGAUUUGAUUGCUGCCUUUGCGCUUGGGUUUUCAGGGACAGAUCGAGAACAUACGUUGGAUAUUUUUUCGUCUUUCUGUUUUUGCCUGCUUCGCCAAAAAAGCUCGAAUAACGUUUUUUUCUGUCGUCCUCCAUGCCUCCCCUCAUGCAUUCCACCCCAGGUCAAGCGAUACUCGCCCGACCAGGGCGCUUUAUCCGAGGCGAGUGCCUCGGAGCCUUUGGCGUCCAUCCCGAUCCCACCAAAUCCAAGAACCCGGGAGCGCGCGAUGUCAUCAAGGUCGUCAUCAAGGUGGUCGAGAACCUCAACAAGUCGUCCAACUUGAGGGCGAAGUUCGAGGACCUUGAGACGGAGCUGUUGGGCGAGGUGUUGAAGGUCGUAAAGCACGCUCCCCAACGGUGGCUCAGCAUGGUACGCACCAUGGAGCGCAUCAUCCGCUUGUGGCACGCCCUGAGAAAGCUUUACAGCGACGAGGGGAAGGUCUUUCCACUCGAAGAGGGCGACAACAAGAACGGCGUUCUUCAGCUCUACUCGCUGUUGGAGCCGCUUUGCAUGAUCACCCGUGAUGGCCAGUACGGGGGUGCACCGAUGAUGGCGGACAUCUACAUGAAGAUGGGCAUCCUCAAGAUGGGAAUGCUGAACCUGGAGAAGGAGCUCAAGGUCUACGAAACCCCGCGCGUUGGGGAAAACGGACUCCCGGACCGCGAGGAACAAAAUAAACCUCUGCCGCACAAGAUGGUAGCACACGGCAACUUGCACCCCGCGGCAAAGAAGGCGCGGGAGGAACUCUGCCGUGCACUCGUUGCAAGGCUCUUCGGUAGAUACUGGGCCGGCUGUGUGGAUCCCUCCUUCGUCGAUUCUUCCUGCCUCCUCACGCCGCCGUACAGUUCCGGAAUACAUAUUUCGGCGAUGAAGCUCACUGAAGAGGAGGGCGACUACUUGCCCACCGGCUUGACAGUGCUAACCCCUACAACGGACGAAGACGUAGAGGACAAGAAGGCGGAGGCCUGGGGCAUGAUCAAGAAGCGAGCCAUACAAGCCGUCAAGGAAGAUCAGGCUCAGGCCAACGGCAGUGGCGACGGCGGGGGGGAUGCGGGUCCUUUCAAGCGUGCCCGCACUAGCGGGAACGGAUCAGCCCGCAAUGAUGCUGGCGAGGACCACUUCGCAGUUUUAUGCACCGCAGGCGCCGUGGAACAAAGCGGCAGUGGGGAUGAUGGGGAUUUGAGCGUUGCGGGCGAGAUCCAGCGGUCCAGGGCACUUCAGAUGAACUCAUCCGACUUGCAGCCGAGAGACGUCCUCAACUACUGGAAGCAAUCCGGGAGACAUGCGUUCCCCGCUCUGAACUAUGUGGCGCAGCAGAGAUUCGGCAGCCAAGCCUAUGCCGCUCAGAUCGAGAGAGACUUUAGCACAGGCGGUCUUCUUGGUGCUUCAAACCGCAAUCGUUUAGACGAGUACUGGGUGGAAAUGGUGCUGUUUCUCAAAGCAAACUUCCAGUGUAUUCCCGGGUACGACGACAUCCCCAACAUGGACUCGAAGAGCAUCAGGGAGUGUCUCCCUGCGAAAUUCAAGGGAACAAACGAAUAUCUCCUCGACGCAGAGAUGGCCCUUGAUCCGCUGGAAAACAAGACACCUCCCAACACGUCUGCUAUUGGCGAUAAUGGGGAUGGGUAGUCAUCAGUGAAGGAGGACUGGAGGAUGUGGAGUACUACACAUGACCGCCAAGGCCGAGGGACGGGGCGAG